AUGCUUGGAAUUUGGAUACUUGGACUUUUUCUGCUCAGCACAGCAGAAGGUAAAGAAGUUUGCUAUGACAGGAUUGGAUGUUUCUCAGAUGAGAUACCAUGGUCUGGCACUACGGAAAGACCAGUACAUAAGUUACCUUGGAAUUCCAAAAAAAUAGACAUUCACUUCCUCCUGUACACAAGAGAAAAUCCUACUGAAUUUCAAGAGGUCUCUGCAGUUGAUACUUCAACAAUUGAUCACUCAAAUUUUGAUGCAAGCAGGAAAACCAGAUUUAUCGUGCACGGGUUUGUCGAUAGUGGAGAAGAAAACUGGCUGUCGGACAUGUGCAAGAGGAUGCUUACUGUGGAAGAUGUGAACUGCAUCUGCGUAAACUGGAAGAGAGGUGCGAGAUGUCAGUACACCCAGGCCUCAAACAACGUCCGCGUCGUGGGUGCAGAACUAGCUUAUUUCAUAAAUGUUCUUAUGGACAAAUACAGUUACUCCCCAGCCAAUGUUCACAUAAUUGGCCACAGCCUGGGAGCACACGCGGCAGGUGAGGCUGGCAGAAGGCGGCCAGGGAUUGGAAGAAUAACUGGCCUGGACCCUGCUCAACCUUAUUUUCAAGGCACUUCAAUUGAAGUCAGACUGGAUAAAUCUGAUGCUGAGUUUGUAGACAUUAUCCACACAGAUUCAGCUCCCACAAUCCCCUACUUAGGUUUUGGCAUAAGCCCAGCUAUUGGCCAUCUUGACUUCUAUCCAAACGGAGGAAAGCAAAUGCCUGGGUGUGGGAAGAACCCUGUUUCACAGAUUGUAGAUCUGGAUGGCAUCUGGGAAGGAACUCGGGACUUUGUGGCUUGCAACCAUCUGCGGAGUUACAAGUAUUACUCUGACAGUAUUAUCUACCCUGAUGGAUUUGUAGGCUACCCUUGUGCUUCGUAUGAUCUUUUUGGAACAGAUAGAUGUUUUCCAUGCCCACGAGAGGGAUGCCCAACGAUGGGUCACUUCGCAGAUAGAUUCAAAGAUAAAUUUAAAAAUGGUUUCCAGAAGUUUUACCUGAACACUGCAGAGGCCAAGGAUUUUCCUCUUUGGAGAUAUAAAGUAACCAUGACCCUCUCUGGAAGGAGUAAAGUAAAAGGAUAUGUAAACGUUGCCCUGUAUGGAAGUGGUGGGAAUACAAGGCAGCAUCAGAUUGUCAAGGGAAGCCUGAAACCAGGUAGCACUUACUCCAGCUUCAUUGAUGUAGAAGCUAACAUUGGAACAGUUACAAAGGUUAAAUUUCUUUGGAACAACAACUGGAUAAAUCCAACUUUUCCUAAACUAGGAGCUGCAACUAUCACAGUCCAAUCUGGAAUAAAUGGGACAGUAUUCCGUUUCUGUGGUUCUGAGACGGUGAGGGAGGAUGUUCUGCUGACCCUUACUCCUUGCUAA